AUGGUCUCGGCAACGGGAAUCUCUCAAGAUUACCCAGUGACGAUUCAAGCGCGAGACGACGAGCCACUAUUAGGUCAUCUAGGAGAUAUCACACAAAAGCCCGGCGAGAGCAUUUAUUGGAACCUUUUCACGGGGACAGCAAGUAUUGCGCAAACAGGAAUCUGGAUUCUAGCAGCGCUUGUCUGGAAUGGGAUCUUAUCCCAUCCGCUAUCGUGGUUCACCCCGCAUCCACUACUCAGCGUCUCUGCACUUCUCCUUCAAGUCCAAGCAACGCUCAUCGUACAACCCACCGCCACCCCGCAACAGAAGCUAACGGGUACCCGCCUCCACUACCUCAUUCAACUACUCAGCAUCGUCCUUUUUAUAUCCGCCUUUGUCAUUAUCGAGGUUAACAAGGGCUCCUAUCCUCACUUCGUUUCCCUACACGGCAUCCUUGGCCUAAUAACUUACAUUACUAUCGCACUGCAAGCCGUGGUCGGGGUGAUCCAGUACUUUUUGCCUACUAUCUUGCUCGGCAGUGUCGACGCUGGCAAGCGGAUUUACAAGUAUCAUCGCUGGAGCGGCCAUGUUUUGCUACUGCUGGAGAUGGCAACUGUCGUGGCGGCGAUACAGACCACGUACAACGUGAUGGCGAUACACAUUCCUCUCUGGAGUGUGCUUGUAGCCAUUGUGUUGAUUCUCUCUGGGGUGGGUGCAAGGAUUAAGAAGCAUAAGUUGGGGCUGUGA